CACAGUGAGGUUGCCGCAGGGCAGAGGGGAAGCAGAGGAUGCUGGAGGCGUGCAGGUGGAGUGAAGACAGCGCCUGCGUGUGCAAGCCAGGGCACACGGGCCAGGUGCCGGGACCCAUGGGGCUCGCUGACUUACGGGGCCACCACUGGGUGGGAAUCCUGCUUGCAGCCUCGCUUUUGACCAUGUGGAGUCUGCCAGCUGCAGCCCAGUUCACCACCAAUGCCAACCCACUGACCAUCACCCAAGAACUGCUGUCCAGGCCCACCAUUUUGAUCAGCCAGGCUGUUGCCAUAGAACAGAGAGAAGAGGUGACCCUCUACUGCGACACCAGGGACGCCAACUUUACCGUCCACUGGUUCUCCAACGAUCUCCCCGUUGUGUUCCAUGAGCGCAUGCUGCUGUCCACAGAUGGCAAGACCCUCACCAUCCAGCCCGUGCAGCGGGAGGACUCCGUGCCUUACAAAUGCCCUCGGGGUUUCCACCAGGCCCAGAGCAGUGAUCCUGUCCUCCUGACUGUGAACUAUGGUCCUGACCCAUUCGAGAUCAAGGUGGAUUCUGGUGUAUCCAGCGGGGGAGUGGUUGAGGUGACAGAGGGCUCCACUGUGACCUUCUCUGUGGAAACACAGUCUCACCCACCUCCUGACUAUUCCUGGUUUUUCCACAAUAAUUCCACCCUAUCUUCCACCAAGAGAACGGUCACCAUCCAGGCUGUGUCCAUGGAACAUGAAGGCAUGUACAGGUGCCUGGUGUCCAACAGUGCCACCCACCUGCUCCGCCUGGGUGCUCUUCAAGUCCGAGUCCUUGAAAUGCUGCCCAAGCCUCACAUUGUGUCCUCAAGCCUGACUCCCGUGGAAAAUGCCAGCUCUGUGACACUGACCUGCCAGACCUCCCGCAAGGUGACUGCAGUCCUGUGGUUCCUGAGGGGCCAGGCCCUCCGGCCAAGCGAGCACCUGAUGCUGUCGGCCGGCAACCGGAGCCUGGUCAUCCACGGCCUCCAGCGAGACGACAUGGGCCCCUAUGAGUGCGAGGUGUGGAGCCGGGGCAGCCAGGCGCGAAGCGAGCCCCUCACGCUCACCAUCGGCUAUGGCCCAGAUCGAGUGGACAUCACCAGCAGGGCGGCGUCUGGGGCAGUCGGCACUAUCCAGGCAGAGCUCAACUCCAGCCUGACCCUGCAGUGUCAGGCAGAGUCCCAGCCGGGCGCUAAGUUUCACUGGACCCUUGAGCACUCCACCGCUGUGUAUGUGGGGGAGCAGCUAAUCAUCGAGGCCCUGACCUGGGAAUAUGAGGGCGUCUACAACUGCACGGCCUCCAACCCGGUGACCCACCUGGCCCGCUCUGCCUCCGUCCUGGUCAGAGUGGCAGGUCCCAGGUCUUCCCUGUCUGCAAGAGUCAUUGCUGGCAUUACCCUUGGGAUCCUGACUCUCAUUACCCUAUCCACAGGGCUGGGCUAUUUCCUCUGCAACAGAAACGCCAGACGGUUCUCAAGCAAAAAAGCGGAGGACCCCAUCCAGGAGGGAGCAACACCCACCUCUGCAGAGGGGCCCUGUGCAGUGUCCUGUUCCACCCCAGGCUGGCAUUCCCUUUCUCUAGACUGGCCGAGGCCCAUGUAUGCCAAUUUACCUGAACCUGAAGGACAGGUUGGAGUAAAAAAGGUACUACCCCCAGAACCCCCAGAGCAGUUUUAUGAGAAGGAUCUACCAUCAGCACCCCCCAGGAACUAUUCUCACAGCCCCAGAAAACCCCUGCCCAAAGUUUCUGUGGAUCCAUCGGUCCCCACUCUACCAAAAGGAAACAUUGAGUCAAACUAUGAGGUGCUUGUGAGCCCAGAACACAGCAUUUACUGCCAGAUCAUCCCCUGAGUCUCACGGAAGCAGAUAUCCUUUCUCCAGAAAUCCUCAAGGAAUCACGCUCAAUCACAUGUUCAAUGAAAUUUACCGGGUGUCUCUUCUAUCCCAGCCAUUCUCUUUGCAGACCUCGUGACGUUCUGUCUUAAUGUGUUUUUCAAGCGCUGGACCCAGCUCCCACCCAAUCUUGGGCUUUUGGUUCGUGUUUCUUUAAAAGCAAUAAAAACAGGGAGAGAGUGAUCCUGAAUUAGCGGGCCAAGGUUCAAGACCCAGAAGCUGGGGAAGCCUCGAGGACGGGCAAACACUGGUGGUGGACAUGGCAGCCAGGUGCGGGGGGUGGGUGUGAGCCGGCCAGAGGAGAGCAGGGAUGUACAC